GUACAAGCCACGAUAAUCCCGUGGAGACCGCUUUUGCUGUCAAGAUACGUUAGCUUUAUGAAGAAAAAGUGGUAGGUACCGUGCGUUUUCGUAUUCUCUUCGACCUACUUCGAAAGCAUUGUGAGUGUGAGCUUCAACGAAGAAAAAUCGUUGGUUGGUAGUAAAUUUCGUCGAUGUUUACUUAGCGUGCCGUUCGUAGUGGGGCUUUGGUUUAUAUAAGCUGUACAAGUGGAAAUUACGGAGUUUUCUUCGCACAGCCGCCCUGAUGGAAACUAUACCUAGCUUCCGCAAUGUCUUUGGGAUGCUGCUUUUGUUCGGUUACUUCUUGUCGCGAACCGAAACAUUAAAUCCUGAAAGUUUCCAAAGGAAACUAAUUGUUUUAAACAAAGUUCUCCAUUAUACCUACAAUAAAACUCCGCAGAUGAAUGUUGAUGCGACUUUCGGUGUUACUUUAACUGAAGCUAAUUUGGCGGCGGCGCUUUUGCAUAAGAAUGCACGGUAUUUGGAAAGCAGAUUUUUCAACGCUCUCAAAGAUAUAGUUGCACUUUGUGAUUUGACUCGAAGAAGUUUGAUGAGCACGGUUGUCCCGAAAAACAUAAACGAAUUUUUGUUACAAUCGGCUUUAAAUAAUCCGAAUUUGUGGAUAAAGCCUAUAAUGUGGACAAACGUUUUUUCGAGAGCAAGAUUCAAUUCUAGUCUUCCAUUAAGUUAUUUGGAGACCAUUACAUCGAUUUGGCGUGGAACACCUCAAGAAACGGAAAGUGAUCAGUGUCUGGCAAAAAUCGUGCGUAAUAGUUUAAACGGAAGAUGUAGAAUCCCUAAAAUCUGCAUCCAAAUAUUAACCAGAAAUGAUGAUCCAAUGGGAUAUCCCCUUACUCAUAGAUUGCUCAUCGUUCAGGUUGCCAAAGCGUUUGGUUGUCAAGAAAAUAAGUUGGUGCCAUUUUCUCACUUGGUACGUGUAUAUUGCGUCAAGAUUCUUCAGCAUCUCUCUAAUCUUGAAAUGUGGGACUUUCCAAAUGUAGCAUCAGAUCUUGCGCUUGAGCAAAUUGUUCUAUGCGGUAUGGAAGGUUAUCACGAAUUUGUCGAUAAACAUUACCAAGAUUUGAUAUUAAAUUGGCCGCAUCAGAGUGGCUGUUUUUUCAAUGAAUUAAGAUUUUCUGAGAAACGUCAAAUCAGCCGGAGGUCAUCAUCGAUAACCGAUUUUGGAUGCGAUAGUCACACAACUGGCCUUGGUGCUGCGAGUCUUGCCAUUUUUAUUCGAGAAAAUAUCGAAAAUCCAUAUGGGUCCCCAUCUUAAAUUCUCUUUGCUCUAAUACAUUGCAAACGAUACGAAAUUUGUAAAUUUAUUUCAAUAUUACUGUCUAUUGCGAUUUGGCAGUGGUGAAUUCAUCAAUGUAAUUUUGCGCCAAAAGUCGUUUUGCGAUAAAAGCGCUUUAAUUUUAAUAGUUGUCUCUAUAUCUAAAUCUAAAAGUGUUGCAAUACCUAGGUAUACCUACUACCGAUUUGAUUGAUUGAAACAAGAGGGCGCGGUGGCCAAAUAUAAACCGCGAACUCAAUGUAGCGCAUUUUAUUAAAAAAAGUUUGUGCUUUUAUUUAGUAUUAUUUAUAUAUAAAUAAGGGAAAAGGGAGAGUAAAUAAUGAAAAAUUAAGAUUUUUAUUUUUAUGGUACAUGUGAGCGAGACUAGAUAUCGAUUCUUAUAAUAUGUUUAUGCAUGACGAGAAAUUCGCUUUCGUAUUAUAAAGUAUUUCUCAUUCUUUUGGAAUACGAAAACGAGUUAAUUAUCUGACGGCAUAGUGAUCAUUUGACUUCAUCUUAAUGUUACUGGCAGUAUUUUUUCUGGACAAAUAUUCAUAUUGUAAAACAUAUGUUAUAAAUUAUUUUACAAUAUUAUAAAUAAGUUUAUCAGUAGAUUGUCAGUUCGUCCUGCACUUUUAUUUAUUUAUAGGCAAUAAAUAUAAUAAUCCCUA